AUGUGCCUUUUUAUUAGGCAGUAUAAUUCUCAAGAAAAAAUGGUAGACUACAGUGGGGAGAAGGGAAAAGUAAUACCCCACCUUGUCCUCAUUAGAAGACAUGGAUAUGAAUGCAAUAAUAAUAAUAAUUUUAUUAUUCAUGUAAAAAAGAAUUCCUUCCUUACAUGCUGCCCUUCCAAAAGUUGCCAUGGCCUUUUCAGCCCUGAGAAUGUUUACCUUCAUCCAACAAGUGGCCUGCAGUCAAGAUUCCUUUCUCUGAAGAAUGGUUUCCUCCCCUGCCACCUUGUAAGCUGCUCUUGA